AUGGGUAUCCAGGGACUUUUACCGCAAUUGAAACCCAUUCAAAAUCCUGUCGGAUUGCAUAGAUAUGAGGGCCAAACAUUAGCCAUUGAUGGAUAUGCCUGGCUGCAUAGGGCUGCAUGUUCUUGCGCGUAUGAACUAGCCAUGGAGAAACCCACUCAAAAAUAUCUUCAGUUCUUUAUUAAGAAAUUUAGCAUGCUAAGAAAAUUCAACAUUGAGCCUUAUUUAGUUUUUGAUGGUGAUUCCAUUCCUGUGAAGAAGGGCACUGAACUUAAGAGACGUGAAAGGAGGGUCGAGAAUAGAGCCAUUGCAGAAAGAUUAUGGACAUCAGGAGAGAAAAAGAAUGCUAUGGAUUACUUCCAAAAAUGUGUGGAUAUUACACCUGAUAUGGCGAAGUGCGUUAUUGAUUACUGUAAAGUCAACCAGAUAAAUUAUAUUGUCGCCCCAUUUGAAGCAGACUCCCAAAUGGUAUAUUUGGAACAAACUGGGAUUGUGCAAGGUAUUAUAUCUGAAGAUUCUGAUUUAUUGGUUUUUGGAUGCCGAAGAUUAAUUACAAAAUUGAAUGAUUAUGGUGAAUGCAUUGAAAUCUGCAAAGAUGAUUUUAAUAAGCUACCGAGAAAGUUUCCUUUAGGUCAACUAAAUAUGGAAUGUUUUAGAACAUUGGUCUGUUUAUCAGGAUGUGAUUAUACUGAUGGAAUUCCCAAAGUGGGACUUGUUACUGCCAUGAAGAUGGUAUAUAAACUCCGGAAUAUGGAUCGAAUAUUAUUAAGCAUUCAAAGAGAUGGUAAAUUGAAGAUUCCAACAACAUUUAAAGAUGAAUAUAAAUUGGCCAAUUAUGCGUUCCAAUAUCAACGUGUAUUUUGUCCUAUCUCUCGCCGAAUUGUUCCAUUGAAUAAGAUACCUGAAGAGAAAUUUACCGCAGAUGAUUUAAUAAUAUUGUCACAAUGCAUUGGUAAUGUUAUACAUAGAGACUCACAAGUGAAGCAAUGUGUUAUAAACGAUGAAGAUAUCGAUCAUGAAUUACAUGCAAGAAUAGCCAAUGGUGAUUUGAAUCCUUAUGAUUUCCAUCGACCUCUGACCAAUAGAGAGCAAAAAUUACAAUUAGUAUCGAAAUCAGAAAUGGGAAUAUCAAUACCCUCAAAGAAUCAAGGAGAAACGAAGGGUAUUGACUCAUUCUUCAAGAAAACAGCUUUGAAAGUGACAGAGAAAAAGGCCGUCAAUGUUGUUCAAAAUAAGAAGAUUCCACAAUUUCUUUCGACAAGUAGUUUUAAUAUCAACAACAAAAACAAAACCCAUGAAGGUCGGUUGGAGGCUAUGUUAAAACGAAGAAAGUUGAGCAAUCAAAAUACGAAAUCACAAAUAGAAGACUCGACAACAACAUCCAGUAAAUUUUUCACGAAGUUACCAGGAAUGACAGAUGUGAAAAUAAGUACAUCUACGGUUAGUCAAAAUUUAUCAUCAGAAAUUGAAACAGAAGUACCUGAAUCAGAACUCCCCACUCAGGUGCCAAGUUCAUUUACACGAAUUACACCUGAUACUGUAACGGAUAACGAUGAUGAGGAUGCUAAGGACGAAGAGGAAACUAAAUUUGAAGACGGCGAUUCUGAAAUCUUGAAUGAAGUAGAUAGUGAGGAAGAAGAGUUAAUUGUCAAAAAGAAAGAAAUACCACCUAUAGAAAGCGAAGGCGUCGUAGAUGAUAUGAUUCCAGAAACAAGGGUAUCAUCUGGUUCAUUGCAAAGGUUUAGAUACUCAUUUACUGAGAAACUGAAAACAGAACUAAUCGAGCGAAAGCCUCUAGAACCGCAACAUCCAAACAAAUACAACCGGUUUGUCUCGGUCAAUGUUAAAAGAGAAGCAUCUGAUAUGGUGGAAGCUGGGCCUAAGACUGGGGAGGAAGCUGUUAAGGAAAAACAACGGACUUUAACCGCAAGGCCGUCGUUAAGAUCGCAAGCAUCUCAAGGGAUAACGAUUGGUAUCAAGAGAAAUUCAAUCUCGAUGGAAAGUAGUUCUUCUACCAGUCAAGUUCUUGACAACUACCCAAAUGCUGGCCAGCCCAUGGUGGCUGUCCGAUCCUCGUCUUCGACCUCGACCUCCGCCUCGCUAUUAUCCAAGUUUGUAUACAGAAGCAGGUAG